AUGCCCACUCGUCGACCUUCAGCUUCUGCAGGUAUAAUCAACAAUGGCUCUUCGUCCUCCACUCGCGUGCACAAGAGCAGCGACUCUCACUCUCAUCAUGCUAUCUUUGGCCAAUCUCACUCUGCAUCCUCUCUCACUCACGGUGCCCCUCCCACGCCUCAGCAGAAAAUCGUUCAAGUUCUCGUUAACAGGUUGAAGAAUAAGUUACCUUGUAACUCUGGUGAACCUCUCAUCCGGCUAGAGUCUGAUAAUGCCACCCAGCAGGCUGUGGAUGCUCUGGUCGAUUUAGCUCAUGAAGCCCUGGACAUGAUUGGAUUUGCCUUGGGGGAACUGCUGGAGAAACUGACCCAGCAACAAGAUCCUAAUGGCGUUGUAUCAAUUGAGACCAUGCAGUCUCAACUUUUCCUGCUCAAAGUCCUGUCAGUUGCAAUGACAACGCGAUGGCAGCCCAACCUCCGAGCUGCCUCCAGAUCUAGCAAUCGACCAAUGUCUGAUGCCGAUACAGUCAGGCGUGUUCCAGGCAGCUCUGAUUCGUCUACUCCCAUUUCAUGGUCAGAACCUCCGCCCUUGGAAGAAGCUUGCGCUAGAUACGUGCUCAGCGUAAUGAUUCUAUGCAUUCGUCAAACCGUAGCUUCUGAGCCGCCUCUCAUCAUGCCUUCCAGCACCUUUGGAGAUAUUUCCUUCAGAGAUUAUAUCGCAGAGGACAUCAAUUCCGGAGCAGUCCCCUUCAGUCACAUCCGUAGCACUUUGUCUUCUUCCCUGCCUAACGAACUUCGUACCCAGCCUUCCUCAGAUCCUGUUCGUUCUUCUGAGAAGGUAGUCAACUCUGAUGUGAUUUUGUCCAGCAAUGACACUGCAUACGAGAAAACUCCCACUUUCUUUACCACUUCCUCUCAAGUGUUAUCUCAGCAGAUCAUGAAGUACGCCGGGAAAAUCAUAUUCCAUAUAUCGGCGUCGAAUUGGAAGGUUGUUUUUCACAGGCUGCGAUUGAGAAUUCACUUUCUAGCAACGCAUCCUGAUGAAUCGUCGGAUUCGACAGAUCUCAUGAUUCUGGGAUACAGUCUUCUUGAUCGUUCACGACUGCUACAAAUUAUGAAUGAACUUUCUUCUCUGUUGGUCAAUAUGAGGCUCGAGGGUCAUAAGGCUAUCGCAGCUCCCCUCCGUUACGCGAUCUGGAGUUGGAUUGAGCAUUUCCCGGAUGAGUUCAAUGAAGUCGUCAAAUUGCAUGGCAAGAUGGAUGGAGCAUCCAGUGUCUUUGACUUUUUGUACAACAAAUGCUCGGGCUCCGAACGUGUUUUAUGGCCAACAUUGGCCAUCCUGCAAUGUGUGAUCCCCGAAAGGAGCUCUAAUCUACAGACCCUUGGAUCCAGUCGCGCCAACCAAAAGCUGGCCAAGUUUACAGAGGAUCUCAGGCGACAAUCCUCAUACACCGGCAAAUUGGCUUCAAUAUCAUUAAUAUGUGCGACAGAUAUAUGUCGUGCAGCGAUGUACGUUCAACCUGCAGACGAUGAAGUUCCGCUUCAAAUGUUGGCCUACGAUGUGGCGCAUGAAAUUAAGGGCCGAAUUUGGAAUCCGAAUCAGAAAGCAUUUUGGGAGUAUUGUGAAGAUAUCAAUGUUGCCCUAUGGGCUGAAGCAUUGGUUUCCGUGUAUCGAUUCCUGCCUAAGGAAGACACGCAUUAUAUUUUCUCGCUAUGCCUUGAACCGGAACGGUCAGACGCUGUAAAGUUAUGUGCUGUACGAGCCUGCUUAACGCUCGUUCAAGAAGUAGCCCUUUUCCCCUGGCAGGAUCCUUUGGAUGACUUACAGAAGGUCGUUGCUCCUCGUCUCCGACAAUUGUACAGGACAGCUGUUACUCGCCGUAUGGAAGUUGACCAGUACGGUAGUGCAAAGAAAGGCGCAACGCGUCCCAAAAUAAAGCGCAUUCACGUUGACCCACUCAACGAUCGAGACCUUCUGGUUUUAGGUAUCCUCUCUGUCUGGCGCAAUCAUUUUAUAUUUUACUAUGCGGACAUGCCCGAAAACGAGUUCACAAUGUGGACUAAUCUCACGAUGCGUAUAUAUGACUCCUCACUCGACCUUGCGGUUAAAAUUGCAGCGGCCAGCGCUAAUCUACGCACAUUCGAGAAGACAUUGCAUCUCGAUUUUUCUGAUCCAAAUAACGCCUUGAUCGUUGGGUGGACGAGGAACACUUUGUAUCAAAUGCUUACCAGUGUCGCUACGAUGUUACUGCAGGCUCGGACAGACGUCGAAAGUCAGCGUUUGUGGUCAGGCAUAGUGUUGAGACUGCUCGACUUCAUUGCCAAGAAGACCGACGAUCCAUCAUUGAAAUCAUUUCUGAAUGACCCUAACCGUGUUCCACCAAUGAUUCUUGCCGAGAUCGCACUGCUUGUUUCCUUACCAUCUGCUGACGGAAAUGUGUCUCAUACUGCUGCGAAAGGAUUGCGUCUAAUCGCGCACAUUGAGAGCCAGGCUGACGCACCUAGUAAUCCAACGAUCACUGAAGAAGACAAGUCAAAGAGAUAUCCAGUUUACGAUCGUAUGGGUGAUCCUAAGGUGCUUGUGGUCGGUCGAGUGGCUCACCAGAAGAGAGUUAGGAAGCUACUCCGACUGAUGCCUUACUGUUCGGCCGUAAAUGUUGCGGUAUGGCAAGAGUGUUAUGCUCGAUUUUCCAGCCUUACAGACACAAUCCUCAAUAUUCCGGAUGAUGUCACCAUUCCUAUUGGGCGUGGAGAAUCCUAUCAGGAUAAAGUUGCACAGUGGCAGAAUUUUGCACUUUUUUUGGCCGUGACCGCGGCCUCAAGCAUCCAAGAUAACCACGAUCUUUCUUUGCUCUCCUCCGUCAUUCCUCAGCGAAUACUUCCUGAUACAAUGCGGACUAUGCAAAGUCCUGCUCCUUUGAUAUCGAUUUUUGUCAAUGACCUUACUGCAUUGCUGAUUUUCGAAGACGUCUCUAUUCGCGACACUGCCCGCGAAGCACUUGGUGUUGACCUCAAUGCCCGGCUUCACCCCAAGAUCUUAAAGUAUUUUGAUGAGUACGUUCCGCCUUCAUGUAAUGAAACGAAUGACGGGGUAGGCAAUCACGAGAACAUGCUUCUCUUUGUGGACCAGUUUAUCGCAGUCCUCAAGUUGAUGGUGGAAAAUAGUCACGGACGAAUUGAGGAAGUGCUGAGUAUUGACAUAAGCCCGACGUUGCUUGGACUUGCCUCUUUCAUCACCCGGUUCGACUCACCAGAUAUAUUCCGCAUCAAGCAAAAGUUCUGUUCGCUUUGUGACUGUGUCUGCGGGCGGGCAGGUAACUUGAGUAUACGCAAAGAUAAUGAUAUUCGGCGUGACAUCCUUGAUAUAAUCCUCGAAUGGAUUGUGCCACCAGAUCCACCAACAGAUUAUGGUUUCAACAUUUAUGAAGUAAACUUGUCGUGCUUACGAACGAUCGUCAAACUGUUAGAUCGCUUGCAGUUACGUCCCGUGGAUACCUCCAUUGCUGGAGAUGAUAGUUUCCACUAUGUCUCAAGACUAUUCAUGAAAUACUCAGGCAUUUUACUGAAUGGAUUUGAAUUUUGCCAGCUGGACCUUCCGACCUCUGAUAGUGUGUCGGACGUUGGUUCCAUCCAAAAUCGAAUGCGAGCCUCACAACGCGAGACUGAAGUUCGUGACCUUGUCAUUACUGGACUUUCUCAUCUUGUCAGUGCCAACACUGAAAGUGGUUUCAAACAAUGUCUUCCUCUGGCCUAUGAUGAAGACAAUCGAAAACGCACAAUAUUUGCUCACGUCUUCGCCCGUAUACUUAGCCAAGGUACCAAGUUUGAUCCUGAAGAUAGGACUGGCCCAUCCAGUGGACAAAAUCGUCUGGCAGAGGCGAAAAACCACUCAUAUUCUCAGAUGACUCUCGUUCUUGCUGUUUGUGAGACUUGUCCCCCUGGGGAAGUGGAUUCAAUGAUCGCGGUGUUACUGAAUCUUUUCGACUCACGGGCUUCACUUAUGAAGCUAAUCAAAGCGAUGAUUGACCGUGAAGUGGCUCGCACUGAAAAUGAAGCAGGACUCUUCCGAAGCAACAGUACCUGCACCCGCUUCUUGUCGGCCUUCGCAAGAAUCCAUGGAUACAACUACCUUAGGACGCUCAUCAGUCCUCUCAUCAAGUGUAUGGAAUCACUACCACCAGGACAAGGAUACGAGUUGGAUCCAUCCAAAGCAGGCCAACAAAAUGUAGCACAAAACAGGAGGAACGUGGAAUUCGUCGCUCAAUCAUUCCUGGAAAUCAUUGGAUCUUCGACAUCUGCGCUUCCGUCCAUGUUCCGCGAAAUUUGUGUUCACAUUGCAGCAACAGUUUAUGAAAGAUGGCCUGACGCAAAAUUUGCCGCCUUGGGAGCUUUUGUGUUCCUGCGAUUCAUUUCACCAGCUGUGGUCGCGCCCGAAACAAUAGACUUGGAUCCUCCUGGAGAUGCUCUUCGUCGCGGCCUCACGCUCAUCGCGAAAAUCAUCCAGAAUCUUGCAAAUAAUAUCUUCUUUGGGAAGGAAGCACACAUGAUGGUUCUGAAUGAUUUCCUCCGAGAUCAUAUUGCGCAUGUUACACGAUAUCUGAGUGAAUUGAAUCGAUAUACUCCUGGUGAAGAUGACGACGAAGAGUGGCUCGGGACCGCUUCGGAUGACACGGAUAUCAUCGUUUUACACCGGUUCUUCGAUAAACAUGCAGACAAAAUUGGUAAAGAACUUCUCAGCAUCUCAAAGCCAUCAAGUGACAGCGACAACUCCGCGCUUAAUGGCAAACGUGCUUGGGACAGUCUGUGCACGCUGUUGGUUGACCUUGGACCCCCGAUAGACGUCCCAAAGGCUUCAGUCCUAGACAGAAAGGAUCAUCGGGAAUACAAAGAGCUCAUGAGCCGCUAUGCCGACAGGACCACUGAUUCUGUUCAGGAAGUUUAUUGUGAAACCGUGCCUCCAUCCUCUGGGGGAUUGGUCUAUCAUGUUUUUCGUCUAUCAAAAAUUAAUGUUGAAGCCUUGGAUAUGGAUUUCUUCAUGUAUCACUUUUUUAAGUUGCUCAGUUCUCCCCGGUACGAGGGAUACGAUAUCGAGAUUAUCGUCGACUGCACGAAUUUCACUUCAGUGUCGGAACUUCCCUUGCGUUGGCUCAAGUUCUGUGCGGAGGUGUUUCCUUCCGACCUAAGAAUGAUGAUUGUCCGAACGCACAUCCUAAAUCCUAACAGCUUGAUGCAGAAAUUCCUUAGAAGAGUGUACAAUGUCUGUGCAGGCAUUGGUAUCGCUGGGGAGCUCCGUGCCUGGAGUUCAAUUGCUGAACUGAUUCCACACAUACCGACCAGUGUCAUAGAGUCACCUCCUUUGAAAUAUCCUCUAAGCCUUGAGCAGGAACAGUCAGAUUUAUUUACAGACGUAACAAUGAAAACACAUCAAACCAGAACACCAGUUUUGUUAACUAUAGGUCAAACUCAUAUCCGGAUCACUUCCGUUAGAACUCUUAAUAUAUCGCCUGGACUGGCCUGUAAAUCAGCGGAAAUCGUUCUUCUUGCCGACGUCAGCGAUGUAUAUAAUGUUCAAACUGGUCUCGAAACAAACGAGUUCAUUAUUAGACGGAGCAGGCAAGGUGAUACGAUAUACUUCACGUCUCCAAACCGAGAGACUAUCAUUCGAACCAUUCGAGCUGCCAAGAGCGGCUUGAAGGAUCAACAAAUGCCUCUCGCAGAACGAUUCAUGCGGUUUUCCAAUGUUCCGGCUACUUUAUUACACAUCGGUAUGCUGAGUGUUGAUGCCUACGACGACGAAUUACGCGCUGCCGCGUACGACCUGCUAGGUUCUGUUUGCACGUAUCUUAAUUACGAUAAGUCGCCCCUUGUAGCACCUAAAGCUGGAUUCGUUCCUGGCACCCUCAAUGGCUUUGUUAUUGACCUUAGCACGCGGCUGGCUCGAUUUGCACCACAAUUAACACUUGACUUCAUCUCAGAAGUCGUUGCUUCGAUGACUACCAACGACAGGAACAAAUCAAUGCAAGUGUUACAACGUAUAAACUGUCUCCGAUAUAUGAAUCCAUGGAUCAAGAACCUUGAACUGUUUGCAAAUCCCACCAGUCCGCUGUUCGAACGUUCUGGAGCUCGGCUACGUGACUGCAUACGAGUCCUGACUGAUUUAAGCGUAAACCUUCCAGAGAUGGCUACAAAUGGUGUUCAAAAGUACAUCUGGCACGAAGCUGGACAGCUCAAUGGCAAUAUCAUCGAUAUCAUAUUUGAUGAGCUAAUUCGUUCUGCCACUGACGGUGGCAUUGGGACUCACCGUUGUGAAAUUAUUGCUCAUUCGAUCUCUGCCAUGUCAUCAUCAUCUAUUGCAGUCCGUGGAAGAUUGUUCUCGAAGCUUCGUAAAGCCAUCAUCAAAGCUUCUCCCCGAAUGCCCCGAAUUCCAUCCCACAAUACCGGUUGGCCAGAAGUAUCGACCUUGAUUCGUAUCGCCUUGAUCGCUGGAACAGAAACUACUCACUCUCUAAAUAAUCAACUGUACGUCCCAGAAAUCGUUCAUGUUGUGACACUAGUCGCAGGGGUCGGUUCUACGCUCAUUCGGAAAUCUGUCUAUGGCAUCAUCAUAAACCUUGUUCAAUCGUUGUACCUUGCUCGCCUUGACGAAGGAUCAGCACCCGAGCUAUUGCAGCUUAUUGAAGAGAUGACUACGCAAGAACAUGUCUUGAACCUGUUUGGUUUGAGCCGACUUACGACUACCAGCGAGUACACAAGCUUCGAUGUGGACAAGGAAAAGAGCAUCAUACAUCAGCAAGAGAAACUCACUGCCCUUCUCAUUCGCUCUAUGGAUGUUUCCUCGGGCUCGAAAGGUCAACUAAAUGUUUGGAAAGCUCGAUGGAUGAGUCUUGCUACAGCUUCAGCCUUCCAAUAUUCGUCAAUGAUACAGAUGCGAUCAUUUACUGCUCUUGGGGCAUUGGCUACUUCAGAUGUGGACGACGACUUUAUGUACCAGAUGCUCAUGGCUUUCCGCACUGCCUUGUUGCAACCAGAUAACACAUCAGAUAUUGCUGCACUGGUCAGCAUGCUCCGAUGCAUAACCAAAGCUGUCCCUGGUUUACAAACUGACUCAAGACAUAUUCCCCAACUUUUCUGGCUAGGUGUUGCAUUCUUGCAGUCAAGUCAUAUGGCGUUCUUCGAGGAUGCAGCUGCUCUGGUGACAUUAACAAUGAAAGAAAUGGAGAAACGAGGAACGUUUGUGGGUGCUCCUGUUGCUGUACGGCUACUCGAGGCCAGAUCGCCUAUAGAGGAGCCUGCGCAACAGUUCGAUAGCACCCUUCAGCUGUCGUGUGACGCUAGCUUCUCGUUCUCCCUUGCUGCAGUUCUCUUCAAGGGUAUGCGGCACAGUGGUCUUCGAGACUCCGCGGAAGAGGCCCUUCGAACGCUGUUGAGAAUCACCGCGCAUUUUGAUGCUCAACUUCAGCCAGAUGUGGCCAAUGAAGAUCUCGCAUACAUUGACCCUGAUGCUCUUGGAUAUUUCAUCGCGCUGCUUGCGGCGUCUACGACCACAGCAGAUUACCGUGCCUUGCUGCAGGAAUGUGGAAUCCAAGAUGCCGUAAUAGUAGAGGACGACCAGACGGUCAUGUCUGUUUCAGAAGAGAUCUCGCAUGUUCCUCUCGUGUCCAUUGAUACCCUCGGGAUCAAUGAUCCAAACACGGCGUUGUUGGCCACUUCGUUCAUAGGAGUAAUGUUAACGACUGCUCAAGGAGACGAUGCGGAAUCAGAAAUCCUCUACAGUGUGUUGGCUGAUAUCGCAGCAACAUACCCUGAGAUCAUACAGAUGGCAUACGAAAGUCUCCAAGAUCGAAUCAAAGAUACCUUUGCUAACUCCUCCAAUCCUACCAUCAUCUAUCAUGUCUCUAAUAUAAUUCGCGUCGCGUUUGAUGAUGGACUUCGUGACGGACACGUUGGUGUGCGCUAUGGUGCACUUCGGAGCUCAUCGUCAACAGUUAACACUGUGGAUGAUUCGACCUCCGUCCAUGGUCCUGGUCGUUCGCAUUUGAAGGCACUCGAAGACCAGGGCAUGCAGGGUCUUGCCAAAAAUUUCCAAUUUCUUCCAGCACAAAGCCCUGCUGCUGGGAAGGUCCUCGUAUUAAUUGCUAAUCUAGUUGCUAACAUAGUUUCAUAG